AUGUAUUUAUAAUAUGUUGUUUAUUAAUUAAAAUUAAUUAGCUUGCGUCAUUCAAUGACAGAAACAAAGUUAAAAAUAGCAAUUCGUCGAUACUCAUCUCCUUAUAAAAAUGGUAAUCAAGAUAAGAAUGAUAUUUCCUUUAAUUGUGUCUUUAGAAAUAUAAAUAUAAUGAAUCCUAAGAGAAUAAUUGAGCAAAAAGCAUAGUUAAAAAACUAUUCUGAUACAAGAAAAUAUUCAAAAGACAAUUCAGUAGAAAUAAAUAGCUAACUUAAUAAACAUAAUUUUCAACUUUAAUAUGUUGUUGGUGUAGGUGGAUUUGGAAGAGUAUGGAAAGUUAAUUAUAAAUAAUAAAUUUAUGCUAUGAAAGAAAUUAGUAAAGCAUUGGUGCUUUUAAAAUAAAGUGUACAUAGUAUACUGAGCGAAUUAUAAUUUUUAACUGAAUUAAGACAUAAUUUCUUAAUCAAUGUUUUUUCAGCAUUUCAAGAUAAUUAGAAUCUUUAUUUAGUUCUAGAUUAUUUAGGAGGAGGAGAUCUAAGAUUUCAUUUAGGAAAAAUGAGGAAAUUUUCAGAAGAAUAAACAAGUAUUUUAAAUUUAUUAUUAUAUCAAAAUUAGAAUUUUUUGCAGCUUGUAUUAUAAUUGGUCUAGAGUAUUUACAUGAUAAUAAUAUAAUACAUAGAGAUAUUAAACCAGAAAAUUUAAUUUUAGAUUAUUAAGGAUAUGUUCAUAUAACUGAUCUUGGUAUAGCCAUUAAAAACACUGGUUUAAAUUUUGAAACUAGUGGAACACCUGGAUAUAUGGCACCUGAAGUUAUUUUUAGAUAAGAUCAUGGAAUAGCUGUUGAUUAUUUUGCUUUGGGAGUUAUUUGUUAUGAAUUUAUGACAGGUAGAAGACCAUAUUAUGGAAAUAGAAGAGAAAUUAGAGAAUAAAUUCUAGCUAAAUAAGUUUCGAUUCAUAGUUCUAAUGAAGGAUGGUCAAAUGAAUCAAUAGAUUUUAUCAAUUAACUUUUAUAAAGAAAACCAAAAAAUAGAUUGAUGAAUCCUAAAUAACAUAAAUGGUUUAAAAAUUUUCCAUUUGAAUCAUUAAUUAAGAAGAAAUUAAAAGCUCCUUUUAUUCCAAGUAAUUCAGAUAAUUUCGAUAAAUCACAAAUUAUUUAUGAAGAUGAAGAAAACAAUUAAAUUAUAAAAUUACAUUAACAUUUAACUAAAGAACAUUAACAUUUAUUUCAAAAAUAUUCAUAUUAAGAUUCAUCCAAAUAGCUUGCUAAUAAAUCAAGAAAAAAUAGUAUAAACAACUCUAAAAUAUUUCAAUUUAAUUGA